ACGGUUAAAAAACAAAAGAAAAAAGGAAGAAAGUAACCUCAGUGAUAUGCCCACACAUUUUACGCCAUACCUGAACAUCCAUCCUUUGCCCCUUUGCACUAUCCAUAUCGCUAGCUAUGUUCCUCUCAAGAUUCACAACAAAGUCGCUAAGACCGUCAUCGCUUGCCAAUCGUCAGAUUCUCUCUUUGAGGUCUCUUUUCAUCCAGACUGAAGACACACCUAACGAUCACGCACUCAAGUUUCUUCCGUCACAGACGAUUCUUCCAGAAGGCGAUACUAUAGAGUACACCAGUGGACGCGAAGCUGCUGCCAGUCCCCUUGCAAGAAAGUUGUUUGCAGUUGAUGGGGUUAAAACUGUGAUGUUUGGUGGUAACUUCAUCACCGUUGAGAAGAGACCAAACUAUAACUGGAUGUUGAUCAAGCCAGAAGUGUUUUCCAUUUUGACUGAAUCUUUGACCAGUGGCGAGCCACUUUUCGAUCAGAGCGAAUUACCCAAGGACACUGCAUAUGAUGAAGAUGAUGAUGACGUUGUGAGCAUGAUCAAAGAGCUGAUCUUCACCAGAAUAAGACCAGCUAUUCAAGAAGACGGCGGUGACAUUGAGUUUGUCAAGUACGAAGAAGAUAGCGGUACUGUGUGGCUCAAGCUUAUGGGUGCUUGUCGUAGUUGUGACUCUUCAUCUGUCACUUUGAAGAACGGUAUCGAAUCUAUGUUGAAGCAUUACAUCGAGGAGGUCGAGGAGGUGAAGCAAAUUGAGGAAGAGAAUGAAAAGGAUCCGCUCGAAGCAAUAAAGCUUGCCAAAGAACAACAGCAGCAACAGCAGGAUCUCCCACCCCCACCAUCGAUCUAAUGACGUGAAUGAAUCUCUAAAACACAUUUUAUUUAUAUAGUCCAAUAUACAUCAUGUACAGGUUUUCUACAAGUGUGAAGUGAAUGAAGAACAAAAAAAGCAUCAACGAAUUAAAAUCAAAC